AUGCCCGGAGCCGCCGCCGCUGCCGCCGCCGCCGCCGCCGCGAUGCUCCCGGCUCAGGAGGCUGCCAAGCUUUACCACACCAACUAUGUGCGGAACUCGCGGGCUAUCGGCGUGCUGUGGGCCAUCUUCACCAUCUGCUUUGCCAUCGUCAACGUAGUGUGCUUCAUCCAGCCCUACUGGAUAGGAGACGGCGUGGACACCCCGCAAGCCGGCUAUUUCGGGCUCUUCCACUACUGCAUCGGCAACGGCUUCUCUCGGGAGCUGACCUGCAGGGGCAGCUUCACGGACUUCUCCACGCUGCCCUCGGGAGCCUUCAAAGCCGCCUCCUUCUUUAUCGGCCUCUCCAUGAUGCUCAUCAUCGCCUGCAUCAUUUGCUUUACCCUCUUCUUCUUCUGCAACACGGCUACGGUGUACAAGAUCUGUGCCUGGAUGCAGCUCACCUCCGCUGCCUGCCUUGUGCUUGGCUGUAUGAUUUUCCCUGAUGGCUGGGAUUCAGAUGAAGUAAAACGGAUGUGUGGAGAAAAGACAGACAAGUACACUCUUGGGGCUUGUUCAGUCCGCUGGGCUUACAUCCUGGCUAUCAUUGGGAUUUUGGAUGCCCUCAUCCUCUCGUUUCUGGCAUUCGUGCUCGGUAACCGACAAGACAGCUUGAUGGCAGAGGAACUGAAGGCAGAAAACAAAGUUCUGCUAAGCCAAUAUUCUCUAGAAUGAGCACAAAACAAAUCAAAUAACAGCUAAACAAAUUGAAUAACAGCUUUUGUACAUCAACAUUGAGAAGGAAGACGCUUGGGAGAGAUCAGAGUACCAAGAUGGAUA